AUGACAGAACCACGUACAAUUGUGGUGCUGGAUGGUCAUCCAUCUACAAUAUCAUUAACUGUUGCCCCUCCAGAUCCUAAUCUUACUGGUUUACCACAAUUACCACCAUUCCCAUUAUGGUCAUCAAUUGUAGAUGGUACACUAGGAUUUUGUCGAAUUGCAUGGGAUCUUUGUAGACCAGAUCAUGCACCCGUUCAAGUGCUUGUAGCCAAACAAGAAACCCAAGUACUUAAUUCAUGGCGAGAUAUCGAUCAAAGUCUUGUCAAAGUCUCUAAUGGUUUCCGUGCUGCUCAACCAAACAGCCCUCUGUUGCCUAGUGACAAACCGCGUCUGGCGGCGGCCAUCAAGGACGCAUUUAUGGCUCUCUUGUUAAACAAAGGGCCGCCUCUACCUCCAUGGCGGCGGUUUAGAAUCGUCCUCGUAAUCCUACGCAAAAGACCAGACGAGGUCGGAUACAUGUACCGAGACAAUGAAGACGACAAGGAAGCAGUCAAUUUGAAGAGUCUUGUGUUUGAAGCAUUGCAUACAUUGGCGCCUGACAAACUAUCAACGAUCAAACAUGUACAGGUGGAUGUACUGAGGCUACUUCCGAGUAAUGAAUCUCUUACAGACAUGUUGCCUUGCCAGAUAUCUCCACAACUGACAUUGUCAGUCUACAACGUACCAAAUGGAAGACAUGAUCUUCAUCAGGCCAUGAUCAAUCUGGCCCAGCAAUACUACAAUAUAAAUCAUUUGCUGGUUUCUAACAUUCCCAUGAAGACCAAGGCAGAUCUGGCUCAUCCCAACCAAACUACAACAAAAUCCGUCGAAUUCUAUUACCAAGCCGGUUGCCAGCAUCGCCUUGAUCCUAAAACACCUACAUCCGAAUCAAGACUUCAUCAUCCAGAUUUCCUCAAAGAGCGUACCACAAAUCUCUUGUACUUGAAACGUAGUAAGCGCUCAGACAGUGGAUGGUGCACCUGCAUGCAUGCAAUUUCUCCUAUCAAACCUUCAGAUCCACCUACAGAAGUGUUUUUGGAAAUGAUACUCAAAGGAAGCUCGUCUUAUUUGGUGACAGCAGAAGCCCACGAGACUAACAAAAAAACUUGGACUCACAUGUUGAUGGAACAUCAAGGGGGGGUUUAUUUGAGGUGUCUUGAUCGCCAAACUGAGGCGUUGUUUUCUAAAGCAGAAGGUGUCCCGAUCAAGCAAGAUCCGGAAAGACACAAUGUAAAACAAGAACCAGAUGGUGGUAUAGGUAUAGGAGGAGGAGGAGGAAUAACUCCAAUCAAGAAAGAAUUAUUCGUAAAAGAUGAGUUUGGACCACCCGUUCCCAUUAUUGAGGAUCGUCCCUCUGUUCCUGUCGCUGUUACUCUUCCAAAACCUGCUGUAAAUGUGUCUGCCGCAACUCUCCAAGAAUUCAUGGAUAGUUGUGUACGGCCAUGUGUGUUUGAAAGCUAUGAACAAUUCUUGGGUGUAUCUGGACCAGGCAACCCAUGCGAAUUGGUGCCUUUUAAUCCUUUUCGUUACUCACACCAAGACACCUUGCCGGCUCUUUUGAGUACGAUGGCUACAAAAGACAACAAGGUUUUUACAAACCAAUACCUCGAACGAGCUGCAAGGUGGCGUACUUGCAUGCGAGACUGUAAUGGCACAGACAAGUUUCCGGUUAAUCUUGAGGCGAGAUCUAUUGCCUCUUGUUCUGUCGAUGUUUUGAACGGUUCACCUCUCGGAACCGGGUUUGGCGUUGCUUCUGGGCUUGUCAAUGAUUUGUUUGAACAGUUGGAGGGAAUUGUUUUACAAGACCAAAUUCGAGACAUGCAGGCUGCAGAAGGGUUGGUUGAUAUGCUUAUUGAUGAACUGUCAAUGGCACUUCGAGGUACUCCAAAAAAUGUAUUUCCAAAAUCACUUCGUGGAAAGCCAGUUCAGUUAUUAGCCAAGAAGCUCUUGCUUGCUCUGCAACUGGUUGCCAAGAGAUUUAUGGACAACUCUCCCAGUCAUACUAUUUUGUGUACUCGUCUUUUGACAAUGAUUACUCAAAAGACGGUUCCUAAAGAACAACAAGAGCAACUGCCUGUUCAAAAGCCUGUCAAUACUACCCAGCAAGAUUCUGGAAUUGAAAUGGCGUGGCGCCAGAGCCAGCACUACCAAAACAUGAGCCACCGUGAGAGAGAAGACGCUGUUAUUACAGAUGGAAUGGACAGUAAUCUCAACAAAGAUCAAGGGUUCAAGUCACAAAACCGAGGUCAGCCCGGAAUUAAUCCUCUUUUCCGCGGUCGUCGCGGUAAAGGGUUGGAUAACACAGGGCCCGCCGUGGGCAAUAAUAAUAAUAAUAGUAGUAUUGGUGGUGGUAAUAAUAAUGGACCUGACAAGAUCAAGUAUCCUGGUCCAUCGGCUAUGUACAAGUCAUAUCUUGAUAUGGCACCACCUACUAUUGAGGAGAAGGCAGCCGAAGAAGCCGAAGAAGAAAAGGCAUUGGGAGUACCCCAAAGUAUUCAUUGGGCAUAUUGGAAAACUCGCCAGAUCCGGAAACGUGGGUUCCGUGAAGAAAAGGAUCCCUACGAUGGCACUGAAUUGGUUCACAAACAAGGAGGAGGGUGGCAAAGAGCCAAGAAAGAAUUUGAUAGUCGAUUGCCUGUUCAUGGAGGAGAACAAGGCGAAUUGAUAUAA